AGAAUUUGCUUUUCAUUUGGACUAAUACAUGCAUAUUAUUCAAGGUUAUUUUUAGUAAAUUAUAUAUAUGAUCUACGUAAGAAGGAAUUUCUAUGCAUGUAUCAUUCUAAGAAUGAUAUUUUAGGAUGUGAUUAUAAUUUUGAGAUAAAUAAGAGUGAAAUUUUGAUUAAUUAAUAAUUAUCCAUUUCAUCAACUCAGAUUAUAAUAAUAAUAAUGGAUAAUGUAACUACUUCCACCGUUUUUGACGUCUUUUUUAAUGGAGUGAUCCCAAUUAUUUAUGCUAUAACAUAUCAACUAACCAGUCAAAAAGCAAAAUGUCUAGUUGAAGAUUUUACCUCAUUUGGUCUAAUUCCGCUCGUACCAGUGUUAUACGCAAUUAGUCAAAAUGAACAGACAGGAAGUUUGAUAUUUGUGGGUUUAUAUGUGUUUAAUAUUAUUUUAUUCUUAAUAUUUAGAAUAAUUCUUCAUAAUUAUAAGGGACAUUUUAAAUGUAAUGAAACAAAACAUAUUAUAUUAACCAUAAUUUUCAUUAUCUACUUUGGAAUUUAUUAUUAUGUUCCUCUUCUUUCUGUGGAAAAUAUUGGUGAAAUGAUAUAUAAUUUUAGUUAUAUCACAUCUAAUGCAACGUUUAUUUUAUUUUGGCCUAUUGUUCUUUUGGUUUUAUUAGAAUCAAUGGCUAUUUUUCCUAAUGAAAAUAUAUCAUUAAUUAGUAUUAUUAUAUACAUAAUUUGGAAUUUAAAUUUUUAUAUAUCAAGUUUCAUAUAUUUGAUUUUAAUUCCAUCAAAUAGUAUUUUGAUCAAAGUUGUAUAUAGCAUUUUAUUGAUAGCAGGAAUACAUACUAUAUAUUUGGUAUCUGAAAUGAAUAUGGAAAUGAAAGGUUUAGUAAGAAUCAUUCUUUUCGCGUUACCAAAUGAUGAAUUAAAACUAGAAAUUAAGCUCAAUAAAAUUAUUGAGUAUGAAAUAAAACCUAGCUUGGAAUCAUUGUCAGAACUCUUGAAAUUACAAGGAUCUAAGCCAAUGCAAAUGGCUAUAUUUAAAUAUACUCUGGAAAAAAUAGAACCUGAAUUGAAUUUAUUGUCAGAACUCUUGGAAUUACAAGGAAAUGUAGAAAAUGGGCUGAGUAAAGAUAUAGAAAAACAAAUGAAAAAAUUAGAAGAAAUGGUCGAGAAAAUGAAAGAAGGUCAAGUAGAAUCAAUAUUACAACGAUUUGGAUCACUUGACACGGUUAUAAAACGAUGGAAAAAUAUAACAACAAAUUCGGAAGAAAAAUAUGUUGUUACCGUGAUUGAUAAAGCAGAAACAUUAGAAAGGAGGAUCGAUUGAUGGUUCCCCUCAAAGGAUAUAUCAUUCAAAUACAUUCCUUUUAUUACAUCGAUUAAAUCUAAAUUUGUAGCGUAGCAAUAAAGUCGUUUUGCUGCAAACGAUUUAAUUUUUUAUGAUUUCUAUGUCGAUUAAAUCAGAGAAUAAAUGUAAAUAAAAUGUGACAAAAAACAAAAUAUUUAAAAAAAGACUCAAUUGUGAAAAUUUAUUUAUUUGAUU